GAAGGAUUUCAAAGCUGAAACCACACUGUGGUUUGGUUCAGUGUCACUUAGCAGGUGGACUAAAUCCUUCCAUUGAUUCUGAGACAAGAGAGUAAAAUGUUUUUUACAAACAGAAGACGCCUCUCUCCAUAUUGCAGUCUCCUUUUUUGUCUGCUCCUGGAUUGCGUGUCUGCAGACAGUAUCAUAGCCACAGUGGGAGAAGAUGUUACUCUGAUAUGCAACUAUGACGCCAAGCAACACGGCAAGCUCUCUGUGUGCUGGGGUCGAGGAGCCAUCCCCAGCAGGGGCUGUGCCAAUGAGGUGAUCAAGUCAGAUGGGACGGCGAUGAUCAGCAGACUGUCAGAGCGUUACCUGUUCAUGGGUAAUGUUGCUGAGGGUGAUGUGUCGCUGACCAUCAGGCAGGUUGACGAGACUGACUCUGGGAUGUAUGGCUGCCGUGUGGAAAUACCGGGCUGGUUCAAUGAUCUCAAACACCAGAUAACUCUGACUGUAGUGGCAGUACGGCCUAAUCCCCUGAAGGUGGAGAUGAGAGAGGUGAAGGAAAGAACUGUCACUGUUCGCUGGACUCCUGUGUUUGAUGGCGGCAGGCCCAUCACAGCCUACAGGAUUGAUCUCAAGAACAAACAAGCAUCCUGGGACACUGCAGUGACAACUGAAGUCUUCAAUCCUGAACUGACUCAGCUCACUUUGAUGGAUUUGCGUCCGGCCAAGACCUACAACCUUCGCAUGUUCGCUAUCAACAGUGUGGGCAUGAGUGAAGCCAGCAAUGUUUUGACAGUCACAACGAAAGAAGCAGCACCUGAGGGUCCUCCUCUGGAUAUGCAGCUGGAGGCCCUCAGUCCUCACAGUAUCAAAGUCGAUUGGAAGCCUCCGAGGCUCGAUCAGAGAAACGGGGUUCUUCGGAGUUACAGCAUUAGCUACAGAGAGUAUGACCCUGCAGGCAAACAGUUCAAAAAGUGGCAGCACAUGAGUGUGCCGGCCAUGCGGGAGCAAGAGAGCGUCAUCCUGAGCAACCUGAAGCCUUCCUCCAAAUACGGCAUUAUUAUACAGGCCAGAACAAAUGCAGGAAUAGGACCUGCUUCGACUGCGCCUUUCUGCUCCACUCUGGACGAGGUUCAAAAAACGUCAACAGCGUCAACUGUUAAGUCGUCUUCCACUGCUGCCACAAUUUGGAUACAAGACACGACAAGUUUCACUCCAGUUCAUGCAACUUCAACAAUUGAGACCGUCACUGCUGCAACAGUUUGGGGAGAAAGCACCAGAAGUAUCACAUCAGUGCCCCCGGAUCCCCCGGUGAUUGAGUUAGAGGAGGUCAAAGACAAUACAAUUUCCCUGUUAUGGACCCCUGGGUUUGAUGGUGACAGCCCCAUCACUGGCUAUUACCUGGAGUAUAAAGCAGUGAAUGCCUCGUGGGAUUACGUAAAGACAGUUGUUGACUUCUGCCCCAACGAGACGGACGCUACAAUAAUAGAGAUAAAUCCCUCAACAUACAACAUCCGCAUGUUUGCCAAGAACAGCGUGGGCACCAGUAAAGCCAGCAAUGUCCUCACUAUCACCACCGGAGAAGCAGGUCAUCACAGGGUUGACCCUCACACGACCAUAUCAACUGACACUCAUGCUGCUGCAAGCAUUAAGGAAAAUCAAAGUGCUCACCUAGCAGCCAUCGUGGUGCCAUUGGUUCUGGUGGCGCUGGCUGUUGCCGUAGUAACCACAUGGCAACUUCGACGAAUAAAACAGAAAAAGGGCAGCCUGAACAUGUGGCUGACCAAUGGAGCGCUGCGUUACAGGGGCGCUGAUUCACUACAAGAGCUGUAAAACUCUGAGUUACUCCACAUAUUAGCCUGCAGCGAGGUGGAAAUUCACAAAUAAGCAGUCAAUUUUAGCAAAAAUAAGAUUAUACUGUAUAUAAUUCUGUUUGUCAUGUCAUGGAGGGAGGGGAGGAGCUAAAUCUUCACCUGUGUGUUGAGUUGAUUCAAACUAAUCAAAGGGUAAUAAAGGUGACACUUUAUUUGGAUGGUCUGCCCACAGAUGGUUUAUAUGGUGCGUGUAACACUUCAGAAGUUUAUUAGUAUAUCUGAUAAUUCACUACAUAUUCUCAGAAUAAUUUAUCGAAUUUGAACUAUUCACUUAACUUAUGCUGCAGAGUUCUAGUGAAUAGUUCGAGUGCAGCUGAAUUAUUCUGACAAUAUGUAGUCAUGUUCAUCAACUGUCACAUAUACUCUAAAGAUAAUCUGUUAAACAUCAACAGAAUAAAGUGAAAUAGUUGAAAAGUUUAAUCUCGGCUAAUAAGAUGUUGAAAUGUUAAAAUACUCUAAACUAUCUGUGGGCGGACUAUCGCAAUAAAGUGUCACCAAAACGUAUACUUUAUUACUCAAUAAAGAAGCUCUAAAGGCCUGUACUUUCAACAAUUUCUUGAUUCUACUUUUUGUAUCAGUUUAUUUGUCAUUUUUGUUGUUGUUCUCUCUCUAACAACAUCUCUGUUGUUUACAAUUUUAUAACCAUAAACAAAAUUAAAUUACUCAUUACAUGGUA